AUGGCCGACUCUUUGACUGAAGAGCAAGUAUCCGAGUACAAGGAGGCCUUCUCUUUAUUCGAUAAAGAUGGCGAUGGGCAAAUCACCACCAAAGAAUUGGGAACAGUAAUGCGGUCUCUGGGGCAAAACCCUUCCGAAUCAGAACUACAGGACAUGAUCAAUGAGGUUGAUGCAGAUAACAAUGGAACCAUUGACUUCCCGGAGUUUUUGACUAUGAUGGCAAGGAAAAUGAAGGAUACCGAUUCUGAAGAAGAAAUUCGAGAAGCAUUCAAAGUUUUCGAUCGUGAUAACAACGGUUUUAUCUCUGCUGCCGAGUUACGCCAUGUGAUGACUUCGAUUGGUGAGAAAUUGACGGAUGAUGAGGUUGAUGAGAUGAUUCGUGAGGCAGACCAGGAUGGUGAUGGACGAAUCGACUACAACGAAUUUGUCCAACUCAUGAUGCAGAAAUAG